AUGACGGAGCGUCGCAAGCAGCGUACGGAAGAGGCGAGACUCGCAAAAGAAGAAGCAGAAAAGGUGGAGGAACUGAAGAAACAAGGCCAUGAUGAAGUCGGCCAUACAGCUGAGGCUGCUUUGUUGCGGAAACAUCAGCUCCGAAAGAAGAGACGAAAAGGCUUAUUGCGAAGAAAAGAGAGAGAUUUGGCAUCAGUUUUGUUUCCUGGGGUAUCUCCUGAGGUAUACAUGCCGAAGGAGGAAGUUCUGAUGUAUACAGAUCAUGUCAACAGCAAGAAGACGCAAGUUCCAUUUGAGUUCUAUGAACUACCUGGCUGCCCUGCACCAAAAAUGACUGAAUCCAGACGUAAGCGCCAGCGCAAAAAUCUUGGGGCCCGUCUUCAAGGAAUCGAAUUGAAACCUGCGCCGUACACAAUGAAAAUCAAGGAAGAUAUUCCUUGCACGCCUCUUUGUCAGAGUAAUGUCGACAUUAAAAAACUGCGAUGGUUACGGAAACUAGUUGAAAGGCAGUACCGCAUACACAUGACACUGGACACGCUUCCGGUAUUAAUGAGAUCACAGCAAUUAAACUAUGCUGUUCGAGGUUAUCCUAUUGGAUUCAUGGCACCACCAAGCUACACUGGUCUUGAUGAAGAUGAGUAUUAUUUAUACAACCAUUUAAAGUUUACAAUCACCUAUAGUAAUGUGGGAGAUUCUGAGUCUGAUGCAGAUGCUGGGGUUCAUAUUACGGGGUUCGACGUCCAUCCGAUCAGUAUCGCUCACGAGAUUCCGGCAUCUGGGCUCACUCCAGCAACAGAAAUUGACACUUGCAAUGCUGAAGGGGCAAAAGCAGUUGCUAACGAUCCAGCCACGUACCUCAAGCUCAAAACAAAUACUGGAAAAGCUGAAUUACCAGUUAUUUUCUCCUACGAAGUUGAAUGGAUUGAAACUGACUUGCCUUGGGAGGACCGUUGGGAUGUGUAUCUCAUUGGUACCCCAGAUGAUGACAUCCAUUCAUUUGCGAUCAUCAACUCGUUGAUGAUUGUUUUGUUCUUGACAGGAGCAAUUGCCACAAUCUUGAUCAGGACUCUCAAGAAAGAUAUUGCAGGUUACAACGAUAUGCAAUCGAUGGAAGAAGCCCAGGAAGAAACGGGAUGGAAACUGGUACACGGAGAUGUCUUUCGCCCUCCCUCAGCUUCUCCAAUGCUUUUCAGUAUCCUGGUUGGAACAGGCGUACAAAUCGGAACUGCUUUCUUGUUGACAAUGUUAAGUUGCAUGGUGCGCCUCAUCAAUCCAAUGCACAAGGGCCAAACAUUGACGGGGAUCUUGGUGCUUUACGUCCUAUGUGGAAGCGUUGCUGGGUAUGUUUCUGCUCGUGUUUUUAAGUUCUGCGACGCUAAGGCCUGGAAGCGUAACAUGAUUCUGACUGCAGCCGGAUUACCGGGGGUAUUGGUUGGGAUCUUCAUGAUAUUGAAUUUCUUCCUCCAUAUGGCUGGAGCUGCCACUGCUGUCGGAUUUUUCAUGAUUUUAGCCAUCUUUGCUUUGUGGGUCUGCGUGAGCACGCCACUUGUAUUUGUUGGUUCAUUCAUGGGGUUCCGAGCAGAAAAGCUGUCUAUUCCUGCUAAAGUCAACAAGGUGACUCGCUACGUCCCAAAGUCCCCUUGGUACUCGGAACCGCCAAUAAGCUUUCUAUUGGGAGGAAUCCUUCCGUUUGGGUCUGUUUGCAUCGAACUCUUUUUUAUUCUGAGUGCAUUGUGGUUACAUCAGAUAUAUUAUUUCAUGGGCGUGUUGGCUGUUGUAGUACUCAUCCUGUCUGCGACUUGUGCGGAAGUAUCGAUUGCGAUGACAUAUCUGCAACUUUGUGCAGAAGAUCAUCGGUGGUACUGGAAAUCGUUUUGGAAUUGUGCAAGUGCGGGGCUGUACCUCUUUUUGUACAGCUUAUGGUUCUUGUCGAGUCGUCUUCAGCUGGUUGGAGUCUUGCCAGUGAUGGUAUACAUUUCUUACAUGGGAAUGAUUUCCGUCUGCUUUGCACUGUUCUGCGGUGCGAUGGGUGUCAUGUGUAGCUUUGUCUUCGUGCGAGCAAUCUAUGGAGCUUUGAAGGUGGACUAA